AUGUCGGUGAACCGGCCCUCUCGCCCUGCGGAUCAUGAUUCAAGUGCCUCCAACUAUCCUAGCGAACCACCUCUUCCAUUUGGACAGGACCCCAUUGACCACCGACUGAAACGCCUGCGAGACGAAGUCCUUCCGAUCUACCCUUUCCUCCUCACUGUUCCCUCCGAUGUGCCGUUCCGCCUCGGAAACCGCUUUGUCAACAACUGGGCCGUGAGUGAUGACGGGCCAUUUACACCAGAAGAACACCAACUGCAGUAUAUGACAUUUUUAGCCCACGACGAGGGAGACUCUUUGCUCGUCGCCGUUGGUGAUUGGUCAGACGGGAACGGCAGCGUCAUGCCUGACCAACGCUCUGCGCCUCAGAGUGCCGCCAGCACUCCAUCAAGUGGCUCUCUCAAGAAGAAGAUUAGCCUCAACGAUUAUAAAAAUAAAAGAAAAAGCGGCACCUCAGCUUCCCCCGCCGGUCAGGAGGUUGCGGGCCAGGGCUCUUCGACUAACUCUGGAUUCGACGAUAACCAGCCCGCUUCCAAGGCCAACCUUACAAAAGAGCCCUCCUCGAAACCGCGAGGGAAUUCUACAUCACAGCAUUCAUCAGACCGCCUAGAGCGCAAACGCCCUCCGCAACAAGACCGUGGACCAUUUACAUUGCAUGAAAAGGAGCAGCCUUCAAAAAAACCGAGAUUAUCGGCUGAGCCCCCGACAGAGUCUGAUAGACGUGAACGCUCGAAACCCCAUAAGCUUCCCGCCUUGUUAUCGCCUACACUUCCUCCGACCUCGCGGAGCCCCAGAUUACCCCGUCUCUUGUCCCCCACAUUACCUCCUGAUCUGGAGAGGGAGCUCGCCAAGUUGGACGAGGAGUCACAUAUUACGGAGCCGGCCCAAAGGAACAAACAAAAUGCAGAUGCGACAAAGCUCAAAACUCAGAAGCCCAGAUCUUCUGACAAAGGCCCUUCCCAGUUGGACCCAGGGACCAGUCGCCCAAACCUACCAGUACCUGGCAAACGGCCAAGUUCCGCCAACCAUAAGCCAUCUGCUACGUUAGACGCCUCAUAUUCAGAUUCUUGCGAAACAGUGAAGACCGACCCAGUACUCCAGAAAACGGAGAAGUCCGGUCGCCUGAUUGUGAGGUUGAAGUAUGGAAGGUCAAACAGGAAACGUGUGGAGGCGCUUCUCAAAUUUUCCGGUAAAAUGAAAACUGCGUCGAAAUCACCGGUCAACGACUUGGCGGAUCCUGGCAACUCCCAUUCAUCGAAGGACGAGCGGAGUACCGGGAAGGUCCAUUCAUCCAGACCUCUGGGCGCAGAUGGGAGAGUGAAGAACAGCAUUGAACCCAACAAAGAGCGUUCAACAAAUUCAAAAACCGCAAGUUCAGACAAGCCAGGGACGCCCGGGCUUUCCAUCACACCACACCCUCAGGAAAAAUCGAAGCCGAGCUCAACGGUUCCGUCGAAAGGCCGUCGAGAAUCCAAUCAUCGGGGCGAGACCGUGGCUGAAGCACCUGUCAAGCCGAACUCAAGACAUUCGUCCGGCGAUUCAACCACUGCUGCUCGGCAGUCGCCUCUCCCGCCCAACAAUCAACCGUCCGCGCGUAGCGGUGAACGUCGCGCAUGGAAAGACGAAUAUCAAAAGUAUGGAAACCUUGGGCGGGAGUUAAAGCAUGCUGCAGAGCGACAUACAGCCAGAGAUAACGUUUCUACCGCGGAUGAGAAGCUCGCAGCCGCUACAGCAAUUGAAGCCAUUCUUUGCUUCAUUCUGGCGUUUGCGGCAGAUGAUAAGUCCAAGGAAGUGGCCCGUCAGACUGGCGAUUCGUCUUCUUGGCUUUCGAUCCUUGCAUACUGGCGCGUGGUGAAGAAGAACAGCGCUCCUUUUCCGCGGCUGUAUAGCCUGUGUCUGAUUCUGGGCGCAGUGUCCUACGAGACUAUUCAUACGCUCGAUUUAGAACGUCUCGCUGUGAUUCCUCUUCCGGGCGAACAGACCUCGCCCCCCACGCCAGGGAGUGAUGGGAACUCUGCGUCGAGCGAGAGCAGGAGGAACCGAAAAGACCUGGCUGAUCUGAAGAAAAGACUGCCCGAAUGCUACAAAGAGUCGCAGAGAUUGUGGCUCGAAGGUUCGCGUGGUCUCAACGAGGAUGUCCUAGAGCGCGAGUUCCCCCGAACCUGGUCCCGCCGGUCGAAGAAUUUCUCUGACCAAGGAAAGCAACCACUGAAAGCCGGGGAUUACUCGGGUGACUAUUUCUUGCCGCUCGGGAGGACAACCUCCCCCGUGGAAACCGUCCGUUUCGGAUAUACCAUGCUGAAAGAGUGGUGCGCAAACGAAGGUGUGGACUGGAGAGGUCGUCUGAGCUUAUAG